AUGAUGGUAUACAGUACGUCUUGUCGCAACCCUUCCUCCUCCUUUAGAUUUGAUGGAUAUGUCCGAUUGGACAGCACUGAUUUGGAUGCUACAGAGGGCAACGCCUACACUGUCGGCCGCAGCAGCGAGACCAGCAACCUCUACAGCGAGGAAGACGCCUCGAUGGAUUCGCUGGAUACUUUCAGCCCACUGGACACGACUGGAUUUAUCGCCAUCCAGGCCAUCCGACUGAAGAAGUACGGUGAGGCCAAGAUUGCUUCGGGCAAUUCUCUAGUCUAA